AGCCUGCACAGCAAAUAGAUGGUGCAAAGACCGCUGGGAAUUGUAGUUAUUUGACGCAGUCUUUGGCGCUUUCCGGAAGUGACGCAGAAUCAGUUCCUUUUCCGUCGUCGGGGCUGACUCGUGUUUUCCCGGGGAGUCCGUCGCACAGCUGGUUCCGGCCGCGCGAGCCUCAGCCCCUCAGCAGUGCCGUCGCCAUGUCGCGGUUUUUCACCACCGGUUCGGACAGUGAGUCCGAGUCGUCCUUGUCCGGGGAGGAACUGGACACCAAGCCCUUCUCGGGGACCCACGGCAAACGGCCUUUGUUACUGAGUGAAGAUGAGGAGGAUACAAAGAGAGUUGUCCGAAGUGCCAAGGACAAGAGGUUUGAGGAGCUGACCAACCUUAUACGAACCAUCCGUAAUGCCAUGAAGAUUCGGGAUGUCACCAAGUGUCUGGAAGAGUUUGAGCUCCUGGGAAAAGCGUAUGGGAAAGCCAAGAGUAUUGUGGAUAAGGAAGGUGUCCCCCGAUUCUAUAUCCGCAUCCUGGCUGACCUCGAGGACUAUCUUAAUGAGCUUUGGGAGGAUAAAGAAGGGAAAAAGAAGAUGAACAAGAACAAUGCCAAGGCUCUGAGUACCUUGCGGCAGAAGAUCCGAAAAUACAACCGAGAUUUUGAGUCACAUAUCACAAACUACAAGCAGAACCCUGAACAGUCUGCAGAUGAAGAUGCAGAGAAGAAUGAGGAAGAUUCAGAAGGCUCUUCCGAUGAAGAUGAAGAUGAUGAUGGGGUCAGUGCUGCAGCUUUUUUGAAGAAGAAACAAGAAUCUUCUGGAGACAGCCGAAAGUUCCUCAAAAAGAUGGAAGAUGAUGAUGAGGACUCUGAAGAUUCUGAAGAUGAUGAGGAAUGGGACACCAGUUCUACCUCUUCUGACUCGGACUCAGAAGAAGAAGAAGGAAAACAGACUGUUCUGGCUUCAAAGUUCCUUAAAAAGGCACCCACUACAGAGGAGGACAAAAAAGCAGCUGAGAAGAAACGGGAAGACAAAGCCAAAAAGAAGCAUGAUAGGAAGUCUAAGCGCCCAGAUGAGGAAGAGGAAGACAAUGAAGGCGGGGAGUGGGAAAGAGUCCGUGGUGGUGUGCCACUUGUGAAGGAGAAACCAAAAAUGUUUGCCAAGGGCACUGAGAUUACUCAUGCUGUCGUCAUCAAGAAACUGAAUGAGAUUCUGCAGGCCAGAGGCAAGAAGGGAACAGACCGUGCUACCCAGAUUGAAUUGCUUCAGCUGCUGGUUCAAAUUGCUUCUGAAAACAACCUAGGAGAGGGUGUCAUUGUCAAGAUCAAGUUCAAUAUCAUUGCCUCUCUCUAUGACUACAACCCUAACCUGGCCACAUACAUGAAGCCAGAGAUGUGGCAGAUGUGCCUGGAUUGCAUCAAUGAACUGAUGGAUAUCUUGGUUGCACAUUCCAACAUCUUUGUUGGAGAGAACAUUUUGGAAGAGAGUGAGAACUUAAACAAUUUUGAUCAGCCACUGCGUGUACGUGGCUGCAUCCUAACUCUGGUGGAGCGAAUGGAUGAAGAAUUUACCAAAAUAAUGCAAAAUACUGAUCCUCACUCCCAAGAGUAUGUGGAGCACCUGAAGGAUGAGGCACAAGUAUGUGCCAUCAUUGAACGUGUGCAGCGCUACCUGGAGGAGAAAGGUACCACUGAGGAAAUCUGCCAGAUCUACUUGAGGCGCAUCCUGCACACUUAUUACAAGUUCGAUUACAAGGCCCAUCAGCGUCAGCUUACUCCUCCUGAAGGGUCCUCAAAGUCUGAGCAAGACCAGGCAGAAAAUGAGGGUGAGGACUCAGCUGUGUUGAUGGAAAGACUCUGCAAAUACAUCUAUGCCAAGGACCGCACAGACCGGAUCCGUACCUGUGCCAUCCUCUGCCAUAUCUACCAUCAUGCUCUCCACUCGCGCUGGUACCAGGCUCGUGACCUCAUGCUCAUGAGCCACUUGCAGGACAACAUUCAGCAUGCGGAUCCACCAGUGCAGAUCCUGUAUAACCGUACCAUGGUGCAGCUGGGCAUCUGUGCCUUCCGCCAAGGCCUGACAAAGGAUGCACACAAUGCCCUUCUGGAUAUCCAGUCAAGCGGUCGUGCCAAGGAACUUCUGGGGCAGGGUCUGCUGCUGCGCAGCCUACAGGAACGCAACCAGGAACAGGAGAAGGUAGAGCGACGCCGACAAGUGCCCUUUCAUCUGCACAUCAACCUGGAACUGCUGGAGUGUGUUUAUCUGGUGUCUGCCAUGCUCCUGGAGAUCCCCUACAUGGCUGCCCAUGAGAGUGAUGCCCGACGACGCAUGAUCAGCAAGCAGUUCCAUCACCAACUGCGGGUAGGCGAGCGGCAGCCCCUGCUUGGUCCUCCUGAAUCCAUGAGGGAGCAUGUGGUUGCUGCCUCCAAGGCCAUGAAGAUGGGUGACUGGAAGACCUGUCACAGUUUCAUCAUUAAUGAAAAGAUGAAUGGGAAAGUGUGGGACCUUUUCCCUGAGGCUGACAAAGUUCGCACCAUGCUAGUUCGGAAGAUCCAGGAAGAGUCACUGAGGACCUACCUCUUUACCUACAGCAGUGUCUAUGACUCGAUCAGUAUGGAGACGCUGUCAGAUAUGUUCGAGCUGGAUCUUCCCACUGUUCACUCCAUCAUCAGCAAGAUGAUCAUUAAUGAAGAAUUGAUGGCUUCCCUGGACCAGCCGACACAGACAGUGGUGAUGCACCGUACUGAGCCCACUGCCCAGCAGAACUUGGCUCUGCAGCUGGCUGAGAAGCUUGGCAGCCUAGUGGAGAAUAAUGAACGGGUAUUUGACCAUAAGCAGGGAACCUAUGGUGGCUAUUUCCGAGACCAAAAGGAUGGCUACCGAAAAAACGAAGGCUAUAUGCGCCGUGGUGGCUACCGCCAGCAGCAGUCUCAGACAGCCUACUGAGUUCUCCGCUUCUGAUCCUGUGACCAGACUACUUAGCUUUUCAUUCCUAAAUUCACCCAGUCAUUAAAGGUCUGUUGAGAAUUUA